AUGGAUGCCCGCUUCUACAAUUUAUAUGAAUUAAGAGAAGUCCCUAAUAAAAUAAAGAAACUACAUAUAGAUGGGAAAGUAUCGAGGCAUGUUCCUCGAUCAGAAUCACUGAAGGUUUGCUGUUCAAAUGAAGAAGAAGUUGAUGGGCAUAAUGAGUGUUUUGUGGUUAUCAAGAGAAGAUUUCAACAUUCUUUGCAAACCAUUCACAAAUAUUUCCAUGAGGUUCUUGAAGCAAUGAUGAAAUUUGCAAAAGAGAUGAUAUCAUCUACCUCGUCCAAUUUAAAUUCAAAUAUUUUGAGUGGAGCAUUAGGGGCACUUGAUGGAACAUUAGUGCAUGCAGUUGUUCCCACUAAUAAACAACUCAUGUAUAGAGGAAGAGGAAAGGGUAAAUGCUAUCAAAAUGUUUUAGGUAUAUGCGAUUUUAACAUGAUUUUCACUUAUGUUUAUGGUGGAUGGGAUGGGGUAACAUAUGACACACGAGUUCUAAAGGAGAUUGUAUCAAAUUCAGAUAAUGGCUUUCCAUUUCCCCCUCCUCAUAAGUACUAUAUAUGUGAUGCGGCAUAUCCAAACGCUAGAGGAUUUCUAGCCCAUUAUCGCAACGUUUGA